CUGAAACCCAUCAGCUCUCUGUGAUCAGAAAUGAGUGAACAGCCAGAAAAAACUACUUCCACUGAAGAGGGACACACAGGUCAAAGUUCUCCUGAGAAAAAUUGUCAAAUCGGACAAAAGCAACUGCAACAGAUAGAGCGGCAGUUAAGAUGCUUGGCAUUUCAAAACCCUGGACCCCAGGUAGCAGACUUUAAUCCUGAAACACGACAGCAGAAAAAGAAAGCCCGGAUGUCAAAGAUGAAUGAGUAUUUUUCUGUGAAUUACAAGAUUAUGAAGAAGUAUGACAAAAGUGGCCGGCUAAUCUGUAACGAUGCUGAUCUGUGCGACUGCCUGGAGAAGAACUGCCUGGGCUGCUUCUACCCCUGCCCCAAGUGUAACUCCAACAAGUGUGGGCCCGAGUGCCGCUGCAGCCGGAAGUGGGUUUACGAUGCCAUUGUCACCGAGUCUGGAGAGGUCAUCAGCACCCUGCCAUUCAGUGUUCCUGACUAGGAGCCAUACAUGUGAAUUGAUUUGUAUCUUCUUCUUUACAUUUAAG